GUCCCCCACCCCACCCACCCCCUCAAAGUACCCCCUCACUUUCUGCUUCAAAUUGAAGCUGUCUUUUUUUUUUGCCCCUUCUCCGUUCUUCAAACAUAUAAUAGAGAGAAUACAUGCUUCCUUCACUCUAGGGUUCCAUCCGUACUGUUCCUAGGAGUUUUUGAACUUUUGGACUUGUAAAUUUCUAGGGUUUAUCACUCUUUGAAAUCUCUCUCUCCAUGGCGGCGGAGAAGCUUAGGGAUUUGAGUCAGCCUAUUGAUGUUGCCUUACUUGAUGCCACUGUUGCCGCUUUCUAUGGAACUGGAUCUAAGGAAGAGAGAGCUGCAGCAGACCAUAUUUUGCGGGACUUGCAAAAUAUCCCAGAUAUGUGGCUUCAAGUGGUUCACAUUUUGUCGAGCACGCAAAGCCUGAACACCAAGUUUUUUGCUUUGCAGGUUCUAGAAGGUGUUAUAAAGUAUAGAUGGAAUGCAUUACCUGUUGAACAAAGAGAUGGGAUGAAAAAUUACAUUUCUGAAGUUAUUGUAAAGCUUUCUAGUGAUGAAGCAUCACUUAGGCGGGAAAAGCUAUAUGUUAGCAAGCUAAAUAUAACUUUGGUUCAGAUUUUGAAGCAUGAGUGGCCAGCCAGAUGGCGAAGCUUUGUUCCAGAUUUAGUUGCAGCCGCAAAGACAAGUGAGACUAUAUGUGAAAAUUGCAUGGCCAUAUUGAAGCUUCUUAGUGAGGAGGUAUUUGAUUUCUCGCGGGGCGAAAUGACUCAACAGAAAAUUAAAGAGCUCAAACAAUCUUUGAAUAGUGAGUUUCAACUCAUCCAUGAGUUAUGCAUGUAUGUGCUAUCAGCAUCCCAGAGAACCGAGCUUAUCAGGGCUACUCUUGCAACAUUACAUGCUUUCCUUUCGUGGAUUCCUGUGGGCUAUAUAUUUGAAUCACCAUUGCUGGAAACACUGCUUAAAUUUUUCCCUGUGCCAGCUUAUCGGAAUCCCACUCUUCAGUGCUUAACAGAGGUUGCUGUCCUCAAUUUUGGUGAUUUUUAUAAUGUCCAGUAUGUCAAAAUGUACAAUAUAUUCAUGGUGCAGUUGCAGACUAUUCUUCCUCCCAAUACGAAUAUUCCUGAGGCAUAUGCAAAUGGAAGCAAUGAAGAGCAGGCAUUUAUUCAGAAUUUGGCGCUGUUUUUCACAUCAUUCUUUAAGUCUCACAUACGGGUGCUAGAAACGUCACAAGAAAAUGUAAAUGCCCUCCUACUGGGGCUUGAGUAUCUAAUUAACAUCUCAUAUGUGGAUGACACUGAGGUUUUCAAGGUUUGCUUGGAUUACUGGAAUUCCUUGGUUCUUGAAUUAUUUGAAGCACAUCAUAAUCUUGACAAAUCUGCUAUGACUGCAAGUUUGAUGGGGCUUCAGAUGCCCAUGCUUCCUGGUAUGGAUGAUGGACUUGGUGCCCAGCUUAUGCAGAGGAGACAACUUUAUGCUGGUCCAAUGUCUAAGUUGAGAUUACUUAUGAUCUCUCGGAUGGCAAAACCUGAAGAAGUUCUAAUUGUUGAAGAUGAAAAUGGGAACAUUGUCCGUGAAACAAUGAAGGACAAUGAUGUCCUUGUGCAAUACAAGAUCAUGAGGGAAACAUUGAUCUAUUUGUCACAUCUUGAUCACGAAGAUACCGAAAAGCAGAUGUUGAAGAAACUUAGCAAACAACUCAAUGGUGAGGACUGGUCAUGGAACAAUCUAAAUACAUUGUGUUGGGCAAUAGGAUCCAUAUCUGGGUCUAUGUUGGAUGAGCAGGAGAACAGGUUUCUUGUGAUGGUGAUACGUGAUUUGCUAAAUCUCUGUGAAAUCACCAAAGGAAAAGACAACAAAGCUGUAAUUGCUAGUAAUAUAAUGUAUGUUGUUGGGCAAUAUCCAAGAUUUUUGAGGGCUCACUGGAAGUUUUUGAAGACGGUUGUGAACAAACUGUUUGAAUUCAUGCAUGAAUCACAUCCUGGAGUGCAGGAUAUGGCAUGUGAUACAUUUUUGAAAAUAGUCCAGAAGUGCAAGCGCAAAUUUGUUAUUGUUCAGGUUGGAGAAAAUGAGCCAUUUGUUUCUGAACUCUUAACUACUCUUCCAACAACAAUUGUAGAUUUGGCGCCUCAUCAGAUUCAUACCUUUUACGAAUCCGUUGGUCAGAUGAUUCAAGCAGAAUCAGAUCCCCACAAAAGAGAUGAGUAUUUGCAGAGGUUAAUGGAGCUUCCGAAUCAGAAAUGGGCCGAAAUUAUAGGACAGGCGCGGCAAAGUGUUGAUUACCUGAAAGAUCAAGAUGUUAUUAGGGCAGUGUUAAAUAUAUUGCAGACAAAUACCAGUGCUGCUAGCUCCCUUGGUACAUAUUUCUUGCCUCAAAUUACUCUCAUAUUUCUGGACAUGCUCAAUGUUUACAGAAUGUACAGCGAGCUGAUAUCAACAAGCAUUGCACAAGGAGGGCCCUAUGCGUCUAGGACAUCCAUUGUGAAACUUUUGCGCUCAGUAAAGAGGGAAACGUUAAAGCUUGUGGAAACAUUUCUGGACAAGGCUGAAGAUCAACCACAUAUUGGAAAGCAAUUUGUGCCGCCCAUGAUGGAUCCAGUUUUAGGUGACUACACGAGAAAUGUUCCUGAUGCCAGGGAAUCUGAAGUUCUCUCUCUUUUUGCUACAAUUAUAAACAAGUACAAGGGUGCUAUGAUAGAGGAUGUGCCUCGGAUAUUUGAAGCUGUGUUCCAGUGUACUCUGGAGAUGAUCACGAAGAACUUUGAAGAUUAUCCAGAACAUCGGCUCAAGUUCUUUUCGUUACUUCAGGCAAUUGCUACACAUUGUUUUCCUGCUUUAAUACGACUAUCAAGUGAGCAAGUAAAGCUUGUUAUGGACUCUAUUGUAUGGGCCUUCCGGCACACUGAGAGGAACAUUGCUGAAACUGGGCUUAACCUUUUAUUGGAGAUGCUCAAGAAUUUUCAGGUAUCCGAGUUCGCUAACCAGUUUUACAGGACUUACUAUUUGACAAUCGAGCAAGAGAUUUUCGCUGUGCUGACGGACACAUUUCAUAAACCUGGGUUUAAACUGCAUGUAUUGGUGCUACAGCAUUUAUUUUGCCUGGUUGAGUCUGGCAGGUUGACUGAGCCUCUAUGGGAUGCAUCAACAGUGCCUUUUCCUUAUCCAAAUAAUGCGACAUUUGUCCGUGAAUACACCAUUAAACUUCUUAGUUCAUCAUUUCCGAACAUGACAUCAGCCGAGGUUACCCAAUUUGUGAGUGGGCUAUUUGAAUCGACGAAUGACCUGCCCACAUUCAAGAAUCACAUAAGAGAUUUCCUUGUUCAGUCCAAAGAAUUCUCUGCUCAGGACAACAAGGACCUUUAUGCUGAGGAAGUUGCUGCACAGAGAGAGACGGAGCGACAAAGGAUGCUUUCCAUUCCAGGGCUUAUCGCACCGAAUGAGAUACAAGACGAAAUGGUGGAUUCAUGAAAUGGAGAGUUUGCGCAGAAGCUAAUUUGAUUCCAUUAAUACCCAAUAGGUGGUUUGCAUUCAUGGAGUUGUUAUCAUGAACGAUCCUGUCCAGCUGAUCCUAGUUUUUGAUUUUUUUAAUAUUUAUUCUCAAAAUUCUCACAGCAGAGAACCGCUCUUUCUUGGAACAUUGGCUCAUCUUCCAAGGGAACGAUUGACUGGAUGUAGAGUAUUUAGAUCCUAAUGUAGGGAAUAUAUAUCUACAGUGUACGGGUUAUAGUUCCAGCUUGGGCGUUGUAGAUCCAUAGAGGAUUCAACAGAUUUUAAUUGGCUUAGUAGUUUACAGCCAUUGAGAAUAGUGUAAUAUAUGCAGGUAUCGGCCGGUUGUGCAUAGAUCAUUUUGUUUGUUGGUGGAAACAUUGAUGUACGUCCAAAUGGAUUCAGAAGUAUGUUUUUUCGCUCGUGGUAAUAUGAAUCCUUGGUCCAACUCU